ACAUAUUAUCUCUUUGCAACAGAAAGCAACGCUUCCAGCGCCUCUGUCACUAGCGUCAAAACAUCACAAAAUGUUAGCACUGCAACAGCCGUAGCAAGCACGAACAAGACAGAAUGGACUUUCAAAGUUAACGCUCCAGAGGAUCAUAAUAAGACAAAGUUACUUGUUGUUGUUGAGUUCGCCGCCAAUCAUACAUCCGAGUUAGGUACCGGCAAUGUUACAUAUUCUCUUGGAAAGUCUCCAUAUUUAUCUGCGCCAACUGUUGUUGCUGAAAAUCAUACAGGACCAUUCAAGGCCGGUGAAUAUAUUCCAGUUAAAGUUACAUUACAACACUUUGAGGCAAAGACAGGAAACUUCCAAUAUAGAUUCUAUGCAGAUCAGAAAUGGAUAGAUCUCCCAGACGACAAUGUAACUGAAGUAGAAACCCCAUCUGCAAUUAAGAAAUUACAUGCCGACGAAGGCAAAACAUAUCUACUCAACAUUCCAGCUCCAAAGUAUGAAGAUAUCAAAGAAGAUGGGAAAGUUAAACUUCAAAUUAGGUUAGCUGGAUCCAAAGAUCAAGCUCAAUCCAAUAUCAUUGAAACAGAGGUUUCACUUCAGAAACAACAAUACGUUGCACCAAGCCCUGAUGAUUCCAAGCCAACUCCAACACCUGAAAAUAGUGGACUUACUGGUGGACAGAAGGCUGGUAUUGUUAUUGGCGUUCUUCUUGCUGUUAUCCUUAUUAUUCUCAUCAUCUACUUCGUUUUCUGCAGGAAACCAUCUAAAGAUAAAUCAUCAUCUGAUAUCCAAGAUGAUUCCGGCUCCGGUGUUAAUGUGUAA